CUGGCCCCUCCCCUGCCACCCAGACUGCAAUGGCGGAGCAGCUGGGCUCGGAGCUGCCUGGGGACCCUGCUCUGUGCAGCGGGCGCUUCACCAUCAGCACUUUGCUCGGGGGUGAAGAGCCCCCUCCACCAGCAGCCUAUGACAGCAGCCACCCCAGCCACCUGACCCAUGGCAGCACCUUGUACAUGCGCACCUUUGGCUACAACACCAUCGACGUGGUGCCCGCCUACGAGCACUAUGCCAACAGCGCCCUGCCCGGUGAGCCCCGCAAGGUCCGGCCCACGCUGGCCGAUCUGCACUCCUUCCUGAAGCAGGAAGGCAGUCACCUGCAUGCGCUGGCCUUUGACAGCCGGCCCAGCCAUGAGAUGACUGAUGGGCUGGUGGAGGACGAGGGAGCCGCCAGCAGUGAGAAGACCCCUGGAGAGCCCGUGCGCUUUGGCUGGGUCAAGGGGGUGAUGAUCCGGUGCAUGCUCAAUAUCUGGGGUGUGAUUCUCUACCUGCGGCUCCCCUGGAUUACAGCCCAGGCAGGCAUCGUCCUCACCUGGAUCAUCAUCCUGCUCUCUGUGCUGGUGACUUCCAUCACGGGCCUCUCCAUCUCGGCCAUCUCCACCAACGGCAAGGUCAAGUCAGGUGGUACCUACUUCCUCAUCUCCCGGAGUCUCGGCCCAGAGCUAGGGGGCUCCAUCGGCCUCAUCUUUGCAUUCGCCAAUGCCGUGGGGGUGGCCAUGCACACCGUGGGCUUCGCAGAGACUGUGCGGGACCUGCUUCAGGAGUACGGCUCGCCCAUCGUGGAUCCCGUCAAUGACAUCCGCAUCAUCGGCGUGGUGACCGUCACCGUGCUGCUGGCCAUCUCCCUGGCGGGCAUGGAGUGGGAGUCCAAGGCCCAGGUGCUCUUCUUCCUUGUUAUCAUGGUCUCUUUUGCCAACUACUUGGUGGGAACCCUGAUCCCCCCAUCUGAGGACAAGGCCUCCAAAGGCUUCUUCAGCUACCGGGCUGACAUCUUUGUCCAGAACUUGGUGCCUGACUGGAGGGGCACGGACGGCAGCUUUUUUGGGAUGUUCUCGAUCUUCUUUCCCUCGGCCACAGGCAUCCUGGCAGGGGCCAACAUCUCCGGGGACCUCAAGGACCCGGCCGUAGCCAUCCCCAAGGGGACACUCAUGGCCAUUUUCUGGACCACCAUCUCCUACCUGGCCAUCUCAGCCACCAUAGGCUCCUGCGUGGUUCGAGAUGCCUCCGGGGUCCUGAACGACACGGUGACCCCCAGCUCCGGCACUUGCGAGGGCCUGGCCUGCGGCUAUGGCUGGAAUUUUACAGAGUGCUCCCAGGAGCACAACUGCCGCUAUGGUCUCAUCAACUACUACCAGACCAUGAGCAUGGUGUCUGGUUUUGCACCCCUGAUUACUGCCGGCAUCUUUGGGGCCACCCUCUCCUCUGCCCUGGCCUGCCUCGUUUCUGCCGCCAAAGUCUUCCAGUGCCUGUGUGAGGACCAGCUGUACCCCCUGAUCGGCUUCUUCGGGAAAGGCUACGGCAAGAACAAGGAGCCAGUGCGUGGCUACCUGCUGGCCUACGCCAUUGCUGUGGCCUUCAUCAUCAUUGCUGAGCUCAACACCAUCGCCCCCAUCAUCUCCAACUUCUUCUUGUGCUCCUACGCACUCAUCAACUUCAGCUGCUUCCACGCCUCCAUCACCAACUCGCCUGGCUGGAGACCCUCGUUCCGGUACUACAGCAAGUGGGCGGCGCUGUUCGGGGCCAUCAUCUCCGUGGUCAUCAUGUUUCUCCUCACCUGGUGGGCGGCCCUCGUCGCCAUCGGCAUUGUCCUCUUCCUCCUGCUCUACGUGAUCUACAAGAAACCAGAGGUCAACUGGGGCUCCUCAGUACAGGCCGGCUCCUACAACCUGGCCCUGAGCUACUCGGUGGGCCUCAACGAGGUGGAGGACCAUAUCAAGAACUACCGCCCCCAGUGCCUUGUGCUCACUGGGCCCCCCAACUUUCGCCCAGCCCUGGUGGACUUUGUGGGCACCUUCACCCGGAACCUCAGCCUGAUGAUAUGUGGCCAUGUGCUUAUCGGACCCCGCAAACAGAGGAUGCCUGAGCUCCGGCUCAUUGCCAACGGGCACACCAAGUGGUUGAACAAGAGGAAGAUCAAGGCCUUCUACUCGGACAUCAUCGCGGAGGAUCUCCGCAGCGGAGUCCAGAUCCUCAUGCAGGCUGCAGGUCUCGGGAGAAUGAAGCCCAACAUUCUGGUGGUUGGGUUCAAGAAGAACUGGCAGUCAGCUCACCCGGCCACCGUGGAAGACUACAUAGGCAUCCUGCACGAUGCAUUUGAUUUCAACUAUGGUGUGUGCGUCAUGAGGAUGCGCGAGGGGCUCAACGUCUCGGAUGUGAUGCAGGCCCACAUUAACCCCGUGUUUGACCCUGCAGAGGACCGCAAGGAAGCCAGCGCCAGCAGGGCCAGGCCGUCUGUCUCAGGCACACUGGACCCCGAGGCCCUGGUGCGGGAGGAGCAGGCCAGCACCAUCUUCCAGUCGGAGCAGGGCAAGAAGACCAUCGACAUUUACUGGCUGUUCGACGAUGGAGGCCUCACCCUCCUCAUCCCCUAUCUCCUUGGCCGCAAGAAAAGAUGGGGCAAAUGCAAGAUCCGCGUGUUCGUGGGGGGCCAGAUCAACAGGAUGGACCAGGAGAGAAAGGCGAUCAUUUCUCUGCUGAGCAAGUUCCGACUAGGGUUCCAUGAAGUUCAUGUUCUCCCCGACAUCAACCAGAAGCCCCGGGCUGAGCACACCAAGCGGUUUGAGGAUAUGAUCGCGCCCUUCCGCCUGAAUGAUGGCUUCAAAGACGAGGCCACCGUCACCGAGAUGAGGAGGGACUGCCCCUGGAAGAUCUCGGACGAGGAGAUUAACAAGAACAGAGUGAAGUCCCUCCGGCAGGUGAGACUGAACGAGAUUCUGCUGGAUUAUUCCCGAGACGCUGCCCUCGUCGUCAUCACCUUACCCAUAGGGAGGAAGGGGAAGUGCCCGAGCUCACUGUACAUGGCCUGGCUGGAGACGCUGUCCCAGGACCUCAGACCGCCAGUCAUUCUGAUCCGUGGAAACCAAGAAAACGUGCUCACCUUUUAUUGCCAGUAACUGCAAGAUUGGGCAAAGGCUUCCAAGCUGAGGGUAUGCGGGCCGUGGACCACCUCUCCAAGGGACCAGAUGCGUGCUCUUUGCACUUUAAGCAGUAGCAGCUGAUAAACCAACUGAAGAAGCUACUGGAUCUCCAAACUUUGGCUGGACUCCAUUCCCAUCGGACCUGUCCUCUGGGUUUUAUUUUAUGGGCUGGAGAAAUAGCAGAAGGGGCUGCGUGGAAAAUUCUCUGGCAGAUCCAUGUUCCACUUAUAUUUUCUUUUGACAGUGAUUACAAAGAAUUUAGAUUCCAGUCUUUGAUUUAUAUACACAUUUGAGUUGGAGAGCUGGGUGUGACCUGGGCAGUCUCUACACACCUUCCCUCUGAGCUUCCCUUCCCCCACCUCACUCUCUCAAAUGCCUGGAGAAUAGGCCCACCUGGAGCCCUUAAAGGAGGAACCAGGGCUCUCUGAGCACCCAUAAUAAUGCAAAUUUCCUUAACCACCUCCCCUUAACCGUCCCUUCACUUCCAAUCAUUUAUCUUGAGGGUUCUGGUUGGUUCUCUGGUAGAUCAGAAGAGUUUCAAACAUAUUUUGACUGCACCUUACAGUUAGAAUAGUUCACAUUGAGAUUUGAAACAAACACAUAUACACAGAAACAACCAAACCAAAAAUGUCACCAAACAACACGUAUCCUCACUACAGGUCACGCCCUCUGUUCUCGUUCGUUCGUUCUUUUGCUCUUUUUCAUAUUGGUUGCAAUCCACUAAAUUGAGUUUGGGAACCCUGCUGGGGAAUGAACCCCCCAUUCAAAAAACACAGCUGAGAUUUUCCUUUGUGUCUGUGUUUUUUCUGUACUGCAGGAGCCCUGCUGUUUGGGGGAAUGACUGUGGACUCGCUGCCAGUUCCCCAGCUCAUCCCACUGGGAAGGGAAGGGAAUUAGAGAACCCCCCGGGACAGGUAGUGACCAUGGCCUGGGCAAGAAAGAGCUUCAAAGGAAAGGGGAGAUUCAGGGGGCCUCCUGGAAAGGCUCUGGUUUGGGCUUUGGUUGGGGAAUGGAGGGUGGAGAUUUGCUUAGGGAUGUGGAUUUGGUAGAUCAGGAAUGGGGAAACUGAGAGGGUGUGAAAAGACGGUAAGACUGGGCAACAGAUCAGAAAGGAAGGCCCAGGAAAGGACAGGGCAGGAGGACACACCGAUCAGAGGUGGAAACAGCAAGUGGCUGAGGAGCUGUGGUGGAGGGAAUGGGCCAGAGAUGAGAGAAGGGGUCAGAGACCAGAAAACCUGGGGAAGACGAACCUUGCCUAGAUAAAGGUGUUCAGAUCCCAUGGCUUGAACUCCCCAGUGUGUUUGCACCAACCAAACUGCAAGAGCGGAACUAUUGGGUUGUCAGAAAAGUCAUGAUGCUUGAAAAACAAAAAAAAAUGUCAUUUUUCUGACAACCCAAUAUAUUACGUGAUGUCUGAUGUUGGUGGGCAGGACCUGCUAAAAAGGCAUUUUAGCACUAGGCGCACCCAAACAGUAUGGAGUUGAGCAUGUUGGCGGGGUUGGGGGGGGGAGAGUGUUAUCACUGGCUGGACUUUCUUCCAGUAGCACCAGAGAGGCAGCUCUGGGUUUGGUCGACCUCCUCCAAGCCCCCUGAAGUCCCACCUAGUCAUGAAGAUGAAAUCUCUUUCUUGGGGUUAAAACCCAAAUGAAUUUAGUGUCUCAGGGCACUAAAUGAAUUUAGUGUCUCAGGAACUCUGUAGAGGGGAGCUCCCAGGAGGUUACAAGUCCCUGUUCUUUUACUGCGUUGGGGUUUGCAGAGAGAAACCAGGUAUCUGAACGAACUUGUUAGGGACCUAGAGGUAGGCCGGCCUCUGAGUCAUGCAUUGCACCCCAGGCCCAGCCCUGGCUCCAGACGCAGUAAAGCCUCACUCCGAGCAGGCUUGCCUCCCUUACCCACAUGGAACACCACUGCCAGGCACACAGGUGCCCCCUCUUCAGUGCUCGGUGACACCCUGGUCCAGGAACAGGGGAUGCUUUGACUCCAGGCAUUUAAAAAAGAACAAUACAUUUUUUACUAUGUUGGGAACUGAAUUUUUAACCAUGAUAAAAACUUUGUAAAAAUAACAACAAUUACAAGGUCUUGGGUUAAC